ACAAUGGAACUGUUUCUUAAGGUAGCAUAUCGACUAAAAAUGGAAAAACCGACAUGGCGCGUAGCGAAGUCUAACGAAGCUGUCCGUCAACGAGAAGCCACCAUUCGAGCCGAAAUAAAACGAAGACUAGGGCUCAGAAUUAGCGAACCGUUACCGAGCGAUGGCAACAGCAAUGAUGGUAAUACCUCACGAAAGUUCUUCAAAGAAUGGCGUACAAUCUGCGAAAUUACGGGGUUGAAUGAAGAUCUACUGGAGAGAAUGUACAUCAUUCUAGUUAUUAUCAACUGUAAGAGUGAUAUCAACGUGGAAGUAUUCCAAAACUACUUGGAAACGACUAGGAAACUUUAUAUCAGCCUAUAUGGUUGGUAUCCGCUGUCUCCAACUCUCCACAAAAUUUUGGUCCACGGCGGUGCCAUCGCGAAGCACAGUACUGUUCCUGUUGGAAUGUUGAGCGAGGAAGCACUGGAGACCCGGAACAAGUCUAUCAGAAAGUUCCGAGAAUUCCACUCCAGGAAAUUCAGCAGAACGGCAAACAUCGAAGACGUCUUCCAACGUUUGCUUCUAACAUCCGAUCCAGUGAUUUCCUUGAUGAAUAGGAAAAGCAGCGAUUCUCCUUUAAACUCUCUUCCAGCCAAAGCUCAAGAACUUGUUAUUUUGAAUUGAAUUGAAAAGAUAUGUAGUUUUAAUUUUUAUUUGUUCUAAGCUCAAUAAACCAAAAUAUUAAGUAUAUGCAUACUAAUCGAUUGUUUUUAGAAAUCCAACAUAGAAAGAAAAGUAUGGAACCUUUCAUUAGGGUAGCAUUGACAGAAGGUUCUUUGAAACGUUGAUAGUGUUUAUUUUUUAGUCAAAAAUCCAAUUUUUUUUAAAUAUGUUUUUAUGUGUUGAUUCUUCAAAAAAACUUAGUUCUAGACAAUUUUAAAGCAUUCAAUUGCGCACCUUUUUGCCGAAGACAUCAUACCUGUAUUUUGUAUAUUCUUGAAGUUAUGGCCAUUUUUUGAUGAAAAAUGACAUAUUUUCAAAAAUUAAUUAA